GGAUUUGUAGGAUGAACUUCUUAAGCAACAUUCUUAGAGAAGAAGGUGGAUUUGAGUAUAAAAGGGCAAUUGUAGAUUCCAUCGUAACCAUUAUCAGAGAUAUUCCAGAUGCAAAGGAAAAUGGAUUGCUCCAUCUUUGCGAGUUCAUUGAAGAUUGUGAAUUCACAUACCUUUCAACACAGAUCCUUCAUUUCCUGGGAAUUGAAGGGCCAAACACCUCAGAUCCAAGCAAGUAUAUCCGGUAUAUUUAUAACCGUGUGCACUUGGAGAACGCAACUGUGCGAGCUGCUGCUGUUUGCACACUUGCAAAGUUUGGGUUUAUGGUUGAAGCAUUGAAGCCCCGGAUUACUGUCUUGCUGAAGCGCUGCAUUUAUGACAGUGAUGACGAGGUUCGUGAUAGAGCAACACUCUUUUUGAGUGUACUUGGUAAUGAUGGCCUCGUUGGCACUGACCAUGAUAGCAUAGCAUUUUUAUUUGGUUCCCUGGAGGCCCCUCUUGUAAACAUGGAGACAAGUCUUAAAAACUAUGAGCCCUCUGAAGAAGCUUUUGAUGUUGACUCUGUACCUAAGGAAGUCAAAUCGCAGCCACUUGCAGAGAAAAAAGCCAAGGGUAAAAAGCCCAGUGGUCUCGGUGCUCCACCACCUGCACUUGUUUCUGGUUUUGAUGCAUAUGAAAGAAUUCUUUCAUCUAUUCCAGAGUUUGCCACCUUUGGAAAACUUUUCAAGUCUUCUUCACCUGUGGAGCUAACUGAAGCAGAAACAGAAUAUUCAGUCAAUGUUGUAAAGCGUAUCUUCGAGUCUCACGUAGUGUUUCAGUAUAACUGCACAAACACAGUACCAGAGCAAUUGUUGGAGAGGGUGAAUGUCAUUGUAGAUGCUUCAGAAGCAGAGGAGUUCAGUGAAUUAUCUUCAAAACCACUAAACUCGCUCCCGUACGAUUCCCCUGGUCAGACCUUUGUGGCGUUUGAAAAGCCAGAAGGAGUCCCUGCUGUUGGAAAGUUCUCAAACACAUUGACUUUCAUUGUUAAGGAGGUUGAGCAAAGCACAGGUGAACCAUUGGACGAUGGUGUGGAAGAUGAGUACCAGCUCGAGGACCUUGAGGUUGUUGCUGCUGACUACAUGGUGAACGUUGGUGUCUCCAAUUUCAGGAAUGCAUGGGAAAACAUGGAUGAAGAAAACGAGCUUGUAGAUGAGUAUGGACUUGGCCCAAGGGACAGCUUAGGGGAAGCUGUAAAGGCUGUAACUGAUCUUCUUGGCAUGCAGUCUUGUGAGGGGACGGAGACAGUUGCGAGCAACGCAAGGUCACACACAAGUUUACUAUCAGGUUUGUACAUAGGGAACGUAAAAGUGUUGGUGAAAGCACAAUUUGGAAUGGACAGCUCAAAAGAAAUUGUAAUGAAACUGGCUGUUCGAGCAGAGGAUCCAUCUGUCAGCGAUGCGAUUCACGCACUUGUUGCCAACGGCUAAACAUAUCAAAGUGUUCUUUGCUAGAGAAAGACAUCGAGAGAAUCUAUAACUAUAUGAAUUGUCUUAAACCCUUUUGGUAUUUUGAUGUUGCCUCAACAUUUUUGGUGUUCGCUACGUUUUACCAUUAGUAUAAAUAUUCUUUUGAGCAUUUGAGUA